CCAACUCUUAACUCUGUGGAGUGAGUGGAGCGAGUGGUUUGAGUGGAGAUUCGAGAUUUAUUAUUUAUCUUUUCAAACCUACGCUUAAAGUUAUCGCUUCAAAGUGUCAGAUUGCAACAAAUAGAUUACAACGUUUCUUAUUAAUCAUGAGAAGUAAACUUUUAAGGUAAGUUUUUGGGGGAGAAAUACAGAAAAAAUUGCCCACGGCACUUCUUCAACAUGGAUGUCCGGGGAGCAGCGGUGCGUCUUUGAGCAGGAAUUAAGGCCAUUUCUGGGUUAUUUUCGGUCAUCUCCUGUUCUUUAACACCCCCAAGACCAUUUAAACUGACUGGACAUUCAAGUUCGCCUGUGGACCGUUGUUUAUCUUUAUACAAAAGAUGCUGAAACUGGCCCAGAGAGACGUGCCCUUCUCGGAGCGGCUGGGAGAGGACGCCCCUAUGGAGGUGGCCCCGGGACCCCCUCCCACAGCGUCCCCCACUGGUCCCAACAUCUCGUGGCUCCCAGAAGCCCCUCUUCUCAGCCAGGAUCCCCCCAUCUUCCUCAUGACCCCCGCUGCCCAGGCCCUGUCGGGGUUCUUUGUCUGGACAGCGCUCAUUCUCACGUGCCAUCAGAUCUACAUGCACCUGCGUUUCUACAGCUCCCCUCGAGAGCAAAGACAUAUCGUGCGCAUCCUCUUCAUCGUCCCCAUCUAUGCCUUCGACUCCUGGCUCAGCCUCCUCUUCUUCACCAAUGACCAGUACUACGUCUACUUUGACACAGUGCGCGACUGCUAUGAGGCAUUUGUGAUCUACAACUUCCUGAGCCUGUGCUAUGAGUACUUGGGAGGAGAGAGCACCAUCAUGUCAGAGAUCAGGGGAAAGUCCAUCGAGUCCAGCUGUAUGUACGGUACGUGCUGUCUGCGAGGGAAGGCCUACUCCAUCGGGUUCCUGCGCUUCUGUAAACAGGCCACUCUGCAGUUCUGUGUGGUCAAACCUCUCAUGGCCAUCAUCACAGUGGUCCUGCAGGCCUACGGCAAAUACAAGGACGGGGACUUCAACGUUGCCAGCGGUUACCUGUACGUGACCAUCAUCUACAACAUCUCAGUCAGUCUCUCUCUGUACGCUCUGUUCCUGUUCUAUUUCGCCACCAGAGAACUGCUCAGCCCCUACAGCCCCAUGCUUAAGUUUUUCAUGGUCAAAUCCGUAAUUUUCCUCUCUUUCUGGCAAGGCAUGCUGCUGGCCAUCUUGGAAAAGUGCGGAGCCAUUCCACAGAUAAAUUCCGUGGAAGUGUCGGUGGGGGAGGGGACUGUUGCCGCUGGUUACCAGAACUUUAUCAUCUGCAUAGAGAUGUUCUUCGCGGCACUGGCCUUAAGGCACGCGUUCACCUACAGAGUCUACAUGGACAAAAGUUUAGAUCUGCAAGGUCGCUGUGCCCCCAUGAAGAGCAUCUCGAGCAGCCUGAAGGAGACCAUGAGCCCCGGAGACAUGGUCCAGGACGCCAUCCACAACUUCUCCCCGGCCUACCAGCAGUACACCCAGCAGUCCACGUUAGAGCAGGGUGCCCCCCAGCCCGUGUCUCGCACCCUGAGCACCCUUAGCACCCGCGGGGACACCGAAAAGACUCUGCUCCUCAGCUCAGAUGAUGAAUUUUAAAGACAGAUUUUACUUUAUUUUUUAUUUGGUGUUAAAAUGAUCUAAUGCAAGAUGGCGGACUGGUUAGCUGAGUCAUUUGUAUAGGCGACAUAGUGAUUUAUGUGAAGGGGGCUGUACUAGGGUGACCAGACUUCCCUAUUUACUCGGGACAGUCCCAGUUUUGAGCCCUGUGUCCCCUGUUCCAGCACAUUUAUCUAAAUUCAGUGAUUUGUCCCAGUUUUGUACAAGAAAUGACCCAGGUGUCUCUAUUUCUGACCAAUCUGAUACCUGCCAACAGUAAAGAGAGGCAUAAAUUGUCAUUUGUUUAGGUAAAAUACAGAAAAGCUGCUUAAAAAUGACCAAAAUACAAAGAAAAUGUGACUAUACUGACUUACAUUAGUGCCGAGUGCAUAACAAUUUUCCUUAAUUAUGCACUCGUUUCACAAUUUUAUAUUAUUACCAACCAACCCAAACCAGGGAUGUCCCAGUUUUUUAUCUUGAAAAUCUGGUCACCUUAGACUGUACUCAUUUUUUAAGAACAGAUACAUUGUAAAAGCAGUUCUUAGAGUCAAAAUGAGACCGCUCUGUGCUGUCUGCAUCUAAUUAUAAAGCGUUUUUAUCGUCCACAAACCAGAAAGGAGGGCUGAAGCGGUGUUAGUAUGCUAGUUGUUGUUAGUAUUAGCAUUAGCACAAGAGCAAAACACUGGCCUGUGACAGUUGGGAAAAUUCUUAAAACUUAUUGUGGGGGAUAAUUAAGAUGCAAGGAAGUGCAGAGUAACUUUGGACCAUUGCAAUAUGUUUAAAAUGAGCUGGUUCUGUUUUUCCAGUUUUUGGGACAGUGAAAAUCAGGUACAGCACAUUUAAAGGGAAAAGCUAUAGGCUAUUUAGUCUACUAGCAUAAAAUGUAAAGAGAUGCUAAUCCAACUAUAAUAUAUAACAUUUUCUAUUUUAUGGUAAUUCAAGUAAUAGUUUACAUCGAUUUUUGGCAGCAACACACCUCAGUACGGGCAACAGAAAUAUGACUUGAUACAUUUUUUAUUAUAUUUUUUUAUGUUUUGAUUACUGUCCUACAUUUCGGGCAGUAAGGAGUUCCGUUUUAGCUCUUAUAAUAUAUAUUUUUUAAAUUUUAUGCUAGCAACACUAAGGCUGCCGUUUAUGCAUUUUUUUAUUAGCUGAAACUUUCAAAAAGUCCAAAGUAAAUUUUUACUUUUGUUACCACGUAAUAUAUUCACAAUUGUGUUAGGUGUGUUCACUUGCAUUCAGUAGUAGUUCAGUAGUUGCUUUGUUUGUGCCUGGAAAUGUAACUCUAACCAAACUGCGAACCAAACUAACUUAUAUGGUGUAAGAAUUUAGAUGGUUAGGCUAGUAUCAAUAUAUAGCCUUUUACAUCUUUUGUUUACACAUUUACAAAAUGGUCUACUCAAGUCAUCCCCAAUUUGCUCUUCAUUAUCUUAGCCACAGUAUUUCACAGCAAGCUAGCCUUACUUGCGUCGUAUAGCUCAAUGCUGUUUUAGGGUGACCAAACGUCCCUAUUUACCCAGGACAGUCUCAGUUUUGAGCCCUGUAUCCCAUGUCCCAGCAGAUUUAUCCAAAACCAGUGAUUUGUUCCAGUUUCAUACAAGAAAUGUCCCAGGUGUCCCUAUUUUUGACCAAUCUGAUACCUGCCAACAGUAAAGAGGCAUACAUCAUCAUUUGUUUAGGUAAAAUACAGAAAAGUUGCUUUAAAAUGAUCAAAACCCAAAGAAAAUUUGACUAUACUUACUCAAAUUAGUGCUAAGUGCAUAACAAUUUUCCUGAAUUAAUUUUAUUAUUACCAACCAACCCAAACCAGGAAUGACCCAGUUUUUUAUUUUGAAAAUCUGGUCACCCUGUGCUGUUUACAAUAUGGCCAGGGCAGAUGAAAACGUGAUUAUUAUAGAUCAGGUCCGCCACAUCUGGUCUGGAGGCAGGAGCAGAAGCAGAGGCAGUGGGAUUACACAGCGGCUGUAAUUGGGACGUUAUCAGAGAGGGAUUAUAAAGUCCAGCUCUCGACCAGUCUAGCUGCUCACAAUGUGGGUUAUCAGGAUAGAGAGACAACAGAGGUGGAAUGUAGGUUACAGUUAUAUUUAGAAUCGCCCAGUGUCAUCCAAGGAACUAUUACACUACAUUUUAUUUAUUUAUUUUUUGAGGUGCACAAUUUACAAAAGUAAUGUUAUUUUGAAAACCUGAAAAAGUUGCAACUCUGGGUAUUAAAUUGGAGAUAGUUAUUCAUGCAUUAAUGCAGUACACUUUUUUGUGCGCUGAAAGGUGUUGAAGAUAAACAGUAGUAAAGAACAAAAAUAAAUGUUAUUUUAAAAUAUAUUUUGAAAGAUUAGUGUAAAUUAGCUUGAAAAAUGCUAAGGUAAACAAAUCAUAACUGCCAAAUUUGUUUCACUAAAUGUUUAAAAAGGUUUAUUUAAAUAUAUUUCCAAAAUUAGUUCUCUUUAAACACCAGAUUUGUUGUUUUGAAUGCAUCUAUUCUUAGAUCAGUCAACCAUGACUUUUUUUUUUAUUUCCAUUUUUAAACAGUGUUCUAACUUCUUCAGAAUUGGAUUUACUAUACUUGGAACAUUUGUAGGUUCUUCCAGUCAAUAUUUUAUUUUAACUUAAGCCUGUUUUUGCUGCGGUUUCAGAUAAUUGCUUGUUCCUGACUCAUAGGAGUGACUCAUGCCCAAUGUGCUGACGUGUUUAUGGGGCCACUUUCUCCUGUGUGGUGUAGCUCGGUACUGACAGCAGGGGGCGCUACAAAGACGCCAGAAACACUGUAAUUCUUUAGUCUUUUUUUUUUUUUCAGUCUUAUCUUCACGCACACAGACUUGAUUGUGGAGGUUUUGUCAGUUUGGCCUCUCCUAUGUAACUUCAAACAUGAACUUGAACAAUAUUACAAGUCUUAUUUGCAAAUGCUAUUUCAAAAUGUGCUGACUUGUGCUGACUGGGUCAUUUCUACAAUCUCGGUUACAUUCUUUCAAACGGGUGUGGAAGAAGAAAGUAAAAGUACAGAUACAGGGGCAACAAAAUACUCAAGUAAAAGUAUCACAUAAAAAAUCUAAUGUUUGGAAGUAUCUACUAAAAUAUACUUCUAAUGUAAAAAAGUAUUUCACACUGAUUUUGAGAACUAUUUAAGAAUCAAAUACGUAUUUUUUAAGAAACUAAAUCUAUAACUUAAAUCAUCUAUUUUUUUUAAAUUUGUAAAUCUUUUGUUUGCUCAAAAACGUUGCACAAAAUGUCACCAUGGACAUGCUAAAAACUCAAAAAAACUCUAGAUGAUUUGUACUUUACUUUUCAGUUACAUUGAAACAUGCAGUUGAGUAUAAAUGACAGAUACCUGCUCCACAGUAAAAUGUACUCAGAUAUUGUCCAGUACUUUUACUUUUAUACUUUGUUACUUUCCACCACUGAUUUUAAACAUUCUCAAGAGACACAUUAACAGACACUCAAUCAAACUUACUCCCCUGUGUUCAAAUACAGUUUACAAUUUUCAUUUCAAAUCCUAAUGCAAAAAGCUUCUUGUCAUAGAUUCUCAUUUUAUUUUAGACAUGUUUUCUUAAAGGGGAAGCGCUCAUACCUGUUCCACACAUUUCAAGGCAUGUUUCUUACUUUGCCUUAAUGACUGUAUGAUUAGACAGUACCUUUUAUUCUGCACUUUACUGCCAUGAUUCAAUGUUUUUCCAUCUUGUCUUGCACUGUUGCUCAAUAUACUGUAAAUGUACCUAUGUGUAAAUAAGUGCAGAUGACAACAGCUAUAGUAAAAUAUAUGUAUGUUAAACGGUUUAAGCAGGAAAAUAGUUUUGUAUUUUUAUGGUCUUUUUUUAUUUCCAUUUGUCGCUGUAUGAAGAAAAAAUAAACUGUAUUUCAUCUGA